GUUUUCUCAUUUAUUAUAAUAAUACCGAGUAAUAAUCUACAAAACGCAAUGUCUCAACAAGAAGACAAGUUUCAGCGGUAUGCUACAGAGUACGAUCCAGUGAAAAUUGGCUCGAUCGAUGGCACGGACACGAUACCGCACGACCGAGCCAUCCUCCGGGCACUUGAGUCAGAGUACGUCCCCAACAAGUCGGUGCGAGGGGACCCGCGGCACACCGUAUUUGUGGCACGGCUGCAUCCCAGGACAACCCAGGAUACCCUCAUAUCAGAAUUCUCCAACUGUGGCAAAAUCCUACGCUGCCGUCUCAUCAAGGACAUAGUGACAGGCAAAUCCAAGCAGUACGCUCUCAUAGAGUUCGAAAAGAGCUCCGACAUCGACCGGGCUCUGCUGAAACACAAAGAAUACAUCGAUAACACAGAAGUUAUUGUUGAAAGAGAGGUGGGAAGAGUUUUGAAGGGUUGGAAGCCUCGGAGACUGGGGGGAGGGUUCGGGGGGAAUAAGAACUCUGGACAGCUCAGGUUCGGAUGCAGGGAUAGGCCCUUCAAGAGGCCUAUCAAGGUUGGAGAGGAUAGGAGAGAUUGAAGAGGAUU